AUGUCAGACGAGGAUGGAAUUAUAGAAGUCAAUACCCAUCGGGUAGUAUGGCACGAACGUCCUCUUCUCAACCUUACUGAUGAUCAUAUAAAUGCUAUAUCUGGAGCGAUAGCUGGUGUGACUUCUGGAGUCGCAGUAUGUCCACUGGAUGUCGCCAAAACAAGACUACAAGCACAGGGAGGAUUCUCGGCACUUCAACGUAGUCGAGAUCCUACGGUGCGAGUGGUGACAAAAUACUCUGGACUCCUAGGAACUGUGUCUACGAUAUUUAAAGAUGAAGGUGUGAGAGGCCUAUAUAGAGGCUUGACUCCGAUAAUUAUAGGAUACAUUCCUACCUGGACCAUCUAUUUCAUGCUGUACGAGAAAACUAAACGAAACAUCACCCCCUAUUUAUCCAACUAUCCAACCCUGGCUCAUAUUGCAUCUGCUAUCACCGGUGGAGCCACGUCCACACUGGUGACAAAUCCAAUCUGGGUGGUUAAAACGAGACUCAUGUCUCAGAACCAGUCCACCUCAUGGCAUUAUAAAUCUACCUGGGACGCCGUUUCGACUAUGUAUCGGACCGAAGGUAUUUCAGUAUUCUACUCAGGUCUUGGUCCAGCAUUAUUAGGACUGUGUCACGUCGCAAUUCAGUUCCCACUUUAUGAGAAAUUCAAGCAGCUGUUCACAGCUGAGAAAGUCUACGGACCCAUAACCGAGCUCGCUGAACACAUGCCUGCCGACAGCAUCACGGACGACGCCAAAGCGGUUGCUGCUGACAGCAUGGGCAUCCUCCUCGCAUCAUCACUGUCCAAAGUCAUAGCAUCGUCAAUCACAUACCCGCACGAAGUGAUUCGAACGCGGAACCAGAUCCAAAACUACACAGCCGGGGGCGUACCCCAGCGAAACAUCAAAUACCAUGGCAUCGUGCACACCGCCAAAACUAUUUUCGUCGAAGAAGGCUGGCGGGCCUUCUACGCCGGUCUUGGAACCAACAUGUUCCGAGCAGUCCCCUCGAGCGCCGUGACCCUACUCACUUACGAAAUCGUCUCAGGCUACCUACGGCGGGCCCGCGACAAAGUAGAUAGACAGACUUAA